AUGGACUCCUCGGCGCAACCUCUUUGCCGUGCAACUGCGAGUCCGCGGCCCUCGGAGUCAAAAGAUGAGAGUAAACAAGCACACGCUCCGUUGUCGCCUUCAGAACCGACAGCGACAUCUGCGGCUUCAGCAGCCGCCCAGGACGAGCGCACAGCCAGACGCGUGUCGCGAAAGUUGCAAAAGAGACGUCGCGAUGGCGUUCACACGCCCUCUUUUGAACUGCCCGAGCGGCUGCGUGAGACGAACGACGAGGCUGACAGCGAUGAGGAGGUGCUGCGCCCUCAGGCCUACCCCGGCGGCAUGUUCAUGAACAUGCAUCAGAGCAUAUUCGGCCUCGUCGCUGCCGUUGGCCGGCAGGCCAACUUUUCCGAUCGCUUCGAAAGCCUUAGUUCAGAUGACGAAGAUGAUGAAAGCCCGCUGGCCAAAACGAUCGCCGCCCCUCGUCAACCUUCCCCCUGGAGGCCCGACCACAGUUCUUCUAGCACCACCGCGAUGGCUCAGACCACUCUUCUGCCCCUCACUGCCCGGAGCUCUUCAGAUCAGCACUCCAGCAGCACUGACACUCCCACACGACACCGGAGAAAAAUCUCGGAAAAUCUGCUGCGCUCCGUGCCUGGUCUUUCACGCUUCGCCGAGAAGCUCAGGCCAUCCAAAUCUUCCAAAGAAAAGUCGGCCAAGGCCCCUCAUGACGAUAGCGCAGCUGAUCGUAGUAUAUCUUCUUCGAAGUCCUCCUCUGCCCCUCCUACCGGUCUCGCACCCGCAAUCGAGAUUACUCGAACUGAAGGCAUGGGAGAGCCUAUUAUGAGCAAGCUAUUGGAGGCUCGUGCCCAGGUGGCCUCGAGGCCGAGCUUUGAACUGGACCGCUUAACCGAAGAGGAGGGACGCGCUGAAGGCGACGACGGCACUAUAGGUCCCAGCGAGCUCGCAAAGACGCUCAAACAUAUCUUCGAAUUUGAGCGCCCUGAGGAGGUCAUUCAAGAAUAUCCUUGCUGGUUGCUGCAACAUGUCUUGCUUCAGGGGUACAUGUUUAUCACUACCCGACAUAUUGCCUUUUAUGCCUAUUUGCCUAAGAAAGCGAACGAGGUGGUCAAGUCUGGUUAUCUGUCUAAGUGUGGGAAGCGGAAUCCCAAGUACAACCGCUACUGGUUCCGCCUUAAGGGUGUUGUGCUCUCCUACUACCGCGACCCCCAAGAUCUCUACUUCCCGAGCGGUCAUAUUGACCUGCGAUACGGCAUAUCGGCCAGCAUUACGGAUAAGGAUAAGGAGGGCAUCAAUUUCACCAUUGAGACCCAUAACCGUACCUACUACUUUCGCGCUGACAGCGCCCAGAGCGCAAAGGAGUGGGUCAAGUGCAUCCAGAGGGUCAUCUUCCGAUCACAUAACGACGGCGACAGUGUCAAGAUCUCCUUGCCCAUCGAAAACAUUAUUGACAUUGAGGAGACUCACAUGCUCGACUUCGCUGAGACUUGCAAAAUCCGCGUGAUCGACAAUGACGAGACGUAUGCUAUUGACGAAUAUUACUUUUCCUUCUUCAGCUAUGGAAAAGACGCGAUCAACCUUCUCAAGAUCCUCAUCGAUGACUCCUCAUCGCAAGCGCGGGAUGCCAGUGAUGGCCCCGACAAGAGCUUAGCUGCCUCCACAAGAACGAGCAUGAGCGCUAGCCGAGACCAAGCUCAGGGCCGUCCAGGUCGACUCACGGAAGGGGUCAAGGCCACACUAUCGCCCAUGACACCGCCCCGCUGCGCCUCGCCUGUCUCUCGUGCGAGCCAAGACCGCCCCCGAAGUAGCUUCGAUGCUUUCCGGCCCUUUCGACGUAGUAUAGACGUCGCUCAAAGCUCAGAGCUACACCCGACGUCUCCGUCCCGGAGUUAUAGUAAGACCCGGCGGUCGUUCAGUAAACACCGGCGGGAAGCUCUUCAUGAGCAGCAAGGGAGCAGUGACUCAUUCGUCCAAAGCGUUGGUGAUCCAAGCCAGGCAAGCCUGUCGGCGCUUGUUCAUUCCGCGAGCAGCGAAGAUCCAUCUGCAAGCCAGAUACUGCGCGGUAGCGAGGUGUUCCACAGCCCAAUCUUCCAUCGGUCCUCGAACAAAGCCGAAGAUACCGAGGAGCCGGUCUCGGCUGGCAUUGUCAGGCACGAUACUGAUGCGACGGUUAAGCCAUCAACACAGCAGGGCACGGCUCGGCAGGAGAAUGCGGUUGGAGCUACCGCGACAACACCGACUCUGCAGAGCAUCGCUAAUAUGGGCGGUUAUCCGUUCCGAAAGGCGAAUGCCCUGAUGGGGUAUCUGGAUCGUCAGUCACGUCGCAUGAGCAACCUCCUAGCGACUGAAUCUAUGGGUUAUGUUGAGAAAGUUUCUGGGAUGUGGAAAGGCGGCGGGAAACACUAUGAUGAUCCCGCCGGCUUGAGGACAGAUGAAGAAGAUGGACAGGAAGAUCCUAAUGAACGUGCCAAUUCAGAGGCCCGUUUCAGGGAACACUUUGCCCUCCCUGAGACUGAACGGCUGCAGGCUGCCUACUUCGGGUACAUGAUGCGUGUUCUCCCGUUAUAUGGCAAGAUUUACAUUGGCGAUCGCCAUUUCUGCUUCCGCAGCCUUCUUCCUGGGACCCGAACCAAGCUAGUUUUGCCAUUGCGCGACAUUGAAAACGUAGAUAAGGAAAAGGGAUUUCGUUUUGGCUAUUCAGGCUUGGUGGUGGUCAUCCGCGGUCAUGAGGAGCUAUUCUUUGAGUUUAGCAAGGCAGAAGUCCGCGAUGACUGUGCUGUCACCGUCCUCCAAAGCAUUGAGGCCACAAGGUUCCUGCCUGAUUCUUCGUUGCUGGAUGGUGCCGAUUCUGAGGAUGCCCAGGCCGCUGUGGCCGAACGCGAUGCACUCCAAGAGGCGCGGAACGAGGAAUUCGGCGACCAUGAGCUCCAGUUGCCUCGCCAGGCGUCUAGCGUCACUGAAGCGCCAACAAUACUAUUUGACGACUCAGCUACCUCCUUCCUCAGCUUCAAGCCAGCUCAGUCCAUGACUAUCACCUGUCUGACCAUCGGCUCACGAGGUGAUGUCCAGCCAUACAUCGCUCUCUGCAAGAAGCUGCUUGAGGAGGGUCAUCGGCCGAGGAUUGCGACUCACCUCGAGUUCAAGGACUGGAUUGAGAGCCACGGUAUCGAGUUCGCUUACGUCGGCGGCGACCCCGGCGAGUUGAUGCGUCUCUGCAUUCAGAAUGGCACCUUCACUUGGCAAUUCUUGAAGGAGGCUAAUGCCAAGUUCCGUGGGUUCCUUGAUGAUCUCUUGGCUACUUCGUGGGAAGCUUGCCAAGGCAGUGAUCUCAUCAUCGAGUCUCCUAGCGCCAUGGCAGGUAUUCACAUUGCAGAGGCUCUCGAAAUUCCAUAUUUCCGGGCCUUCACUAUGCCCUGGACUCGGACUCGCGCCUAUCCUCAUGCGUUUGUUAUGCCUGGCCAGAAGAUGGGUGGUGCCUACAACUAUUUGACAUACGUGAUGUUCGACACGGUGUUCUGGAAGACGACCGCUCAUCAAAUCAACAAAUGGCGUAACAACAUGCUCGGUCUCCCCAGCACGAACCUCGAGAAGUUGCAGGUCAACAAAGUCCCCUUCCUGUACAACUUUUCUGCCUACGUUGUGCCCCCGCCGCUCGACUACUCCGACUGGAUCCGCGUCACGGGCUACUGGUUUCUCGAUGAAGGUGACAACAAUAGCAAAUGGACCCCGCCACCCGAGCUCAGGGCGUUCAUCGAGAAGGCCCGCAGCGAUGGAAAGAAACUGGUCUACGUUGGCUUCGGCAGCAUCAUUGUGCCCGACCGCAUCAAGAUGACGCAGGACGUCAUCGACGCCGUCCUCAAGGCUGAUGUCCGCUGCAUCCUUUCCAAGGGCUGGAGCGACCGCUCAAAGAACCCCGAUCAGCAGGAACAGGAGCCCGAGCUGCCACCGGAAAUCUUCCAGAUCCAGAGCGCCCCGCACGACUGGCUGUUCCGCCAGAUUGAUGCCGCUGCGCACCAUGGAGGGAGCGGAACUACCGGUGCCAGCUUGCGCGCGGGCAUCCCGACCAUUAUUCGGCCUUUCUUUGGAGACCAGUUUUUCUUUGGUAGUCGCGUUGAGGAUUUAGGUGUCGGCAUUUGCCUCAAGAAGUGGGGUGCCAACUCGUUUGCGCGCGCCCUGUGGGAGGCCACGCACAGCGAGAGGAUGAUCGUUAAGGCGAGGGUGCUGGGGGAGCAGAUUCGAAAAGAAAACGGUGUCGAAACCGCAGUUCAGUGCAUCUACCGCGACCUGGAAUACGCGACAAACCUCAUCAAAGCCAAAGCCCGGAAGAACCCGUCACGUAGGAACACGAUCUCUUCUGGCACUGGCGAACCACUUCCCGCUCCCGCCAAUGCUACGGCCAGCAACGGCGCAGAAGCGGGCGUGGGUCUGGGUCUUGAGCUUGGCACCGGUGGAGAUGGCCCCAGCAUCGACUUCGAUGACGAAGAAGAGAGCUGGACGUUCGUGGAUCGGUUCGACGACCACUGGGAUUAUCAACCCCAACAUCAUCAGCAUGGCUUCCUCCGGAAUCCAGCGUUGACUGCCCCGGCCUCGGCUGCAAAGUCGCUGGGUAGCAAGGUUCUUGGGGGCGCGGUCGGCGGGGGGAAGUAG